CUGUGUAGGUGCAUGAAGGAAGAAACCUCCAAGGCCCAGCCCAUACUAGUGGAGCCCAGCAAAAUGCAAUUUCGUGUCUCCAACUCUAUCAGUGCACAGACGACUGGAAUAUCUCCACUGUCCAGAGCUAAAGUAAGAAUACACUGUAAUUGAAAAAAAACAGAGGUGUAAGAAAUUAGGGUUUGGGUAGAGAAAUGUUUGGAACGGCGAUUAGAAAUGCAGCAAAGAAACUGAAGCCAAAGAUGGGAGCGGUGACGCUGACAACGCCACCGGAACAGAGACAAACGAUAACCAGAGCUCUCUUUGAUAUCGUCAAGGAGCAUGGUCCAAUCACCGUUUCUAACACAUGGGAACGCGUCAAGGAAGUUGGACUGAAAGAUUUGACGAGCAAGAAUCACAUGAAAGUAGUUUUGAGAUGGAUGAGAGAGAGACAGAAGCUUCGUCUUGUUUGCAACCAUGUAGGCGCUCAUAAACAGUUCCUCUAUACUACUUGGUUUACCAAACCAGGUACUGCUCAAGCUGCAAUAACAACACCGACAACAACAACAACAACAAAGAGAAGCAUUCCUUCAAAGAAAAAGCUAGCACGAGCUUGAAGCUUUUAUCAUCAACAGCCAUUAGCCAAGACUCGGGAGGACAAGCCAGCUGUUUUAUGCAAUGGGAAGAAUAUUGUAAGACUAAAGUAUAAUCUUAGUGUCACUCAUUUGAAUAUUGGGCCAUAUGGUUGAUUGAAAUACUAGCACUGUGUAUUGGUGCUUUGCCAAACUGUUUUCUCUCAUUGUCAGUAAUAUGUAUUGGCAUAUCCUCUUCCUAGUAACUUGAUAAGAAUAAGAACGGCAAAUUUGAACCUUCGGUUUCAAAUUGGUUAUCAAAAUAUUUUCUACUAGACAUAACACAUGUUUCAAACAUCUUUUAAGAAGUGAAGUUGUACUGUGAAAACCAUCUAUCAAUGAAUUUAGGGUAAUUUCUUCAAAACCCUUUUGAA